GUUGCAUCCGCACGAAACAAGAUGCAGAAGGUUUUACAAUUCGCUAGCGAGUAUCGCCAGCGUAUCUUCCGCAUCUCUUAUGUCGCGCUUGUGCUUCCGAUUUUGAUUCUUACGAGUAUGCUACCUACUGCCUUGUUCCUGCUUUCCUACCUGGUUGGCCACUUGAGUUCUUUGCUGAUUCCUAGCNNAGUCAUUCCUCUUCUCUCUCCGAUCUUCCUCAGACUCCCUAAUGCGGAUGUCGUCCAGUUCCAACUUCCGUCCGCCACGAUGGAUGUUGGCUACUACAGUAUUUGCUUGAGCCACGUUAAUCAGAACGUCACUAACCCUUAUAAUCACCCUUAUCUUCAUGCCUGCGUCAGUACGGUUGGCCACCAUGUCUCUGGCAAGAAGCUUGCCCAACAAUGGAGGGAUGCCACUGCCAUCAAGCCCGAGGGCUACGAGCAUCUUACUCAAGACUUUGGCAUGGCACUGCAUCUUCAGCGCGAAACAUUCUACCCUGGCCUUGUUAUCGCAGCUGCUGUCUUUUGGGUCCUUAGUGUUGGUCUCUUCGCCACCACUUCGUCGAUUAAUAGAAGCAUCAAGCCCUGGCUGCUGAGAGCAUGCAAAGGAUCUGCAGUCAUUGGAUCUAUCUUGAUUGUUGUCGGUAGUAUCACUACUACUGCUAGUGUGAACGCGCUCACACGAUGGGUCGACUGUAGCAACUCACGCAUACGUAGUGGACGCCUGGGAGCUAUUCUAGCCGUGCAAUGGGCUGCUGCUGGUGCAAUGAGCGUACAUGCUCUGCUUGCAUUUGCCGUUGCUGGAGACGUCCAAGAUCGCUCGGAGGGCUCAAUCAGACUGGACAACUAA